CUCCAACAAACUCCCAACCGCCGUCCACCGUCUCCCGCGAACGAAGAACAUACGGCGUUGGGGCCCCAUCGAUCAGCCACACAGCAUCACCGGGUUUUGCAUGUCUCGGGAUGAGACACAUAGCCAUUCCGUGUUACCGCGACCCUCCUUCCCCGCCAAGCUCUGGAUAUGAGUCUGCUAUAUUUGCGUCUCGCCAUCAUGCCUUCAAUAUAGUUGUCCUCAGCUGGCUGGUUCCCUCGAUUGGCUUCCACCAGUCGAUACUCUUCUCGCCAUUCCGUCUUAGUGCGAUCGCCAAUCAGCAAUCUGAUGAAGACAUCCUCUUUCUAGGUGGGCUCCGCACUCUUUCGGUACCUAUCAACAGCCUGACUCAACGACAUGACCAUUUCCCGAGAAGCCUUGAACACCCUGGCGAGCUUAGCAUCGAGCCAAGGGGCGUGAGGUGGCGCAAGCUCAGCGACGAGGCCCAGUUCCGCUCCUCGAAGAACCAAAGGACGUUAGCAAACGAGGGGAGAUCCAGCACGUUGGGAGCCUCACCCGCGCGGUAGGGGGGUUGACCAGAGAUGCACCCAAGGGGUUCAGCAUGACGAGCAAGGCUCCAGUCCGGUACCCACGAUCGAAGACAUUGUACUGCAUCGACAUCGAUGCACCCUGUCCCUGCAUGCGACAACAGCUCAAAAAGACCACCCUCCUCAAUCACUCGCAGUGCAGCAUCCAAAUACACCUCAUUGGUGUUCUUGGAGUAGUUGGGUUGCGUGAAACGACUGCCUUCCCCUUUGGCGGCGAGCCCAUGGACUCCAAAAACCUUGCCCCGCGGAUCACUUGCUCUGAGUAGAUGGGCCCUCGACAUGACAUCUUUGAAUUGCGGCAGUCCCUUUCCCACAACGCGUCUUACUCUCCAGCGCUGCAUGCAACAUAUAGUGCCAACAUGGAAACUCCGCAGAGUCAUUUUGUUCUUCCAGCAAUCUGUACUCUGCGUCUACUCUAAUGCUAUCCGGAGACGAACAUUUGAUUCAACAAUCGCAAGCGCUCGAUAGAAGUCGUCCCAGUUGCGACACAUCCGUCCAUACAUGACACGAGCCUCGGAAGCGAGAACAGCUUCCUGGGCCACCCAGACGCGCUCGAACUACUCAUGCUCGAGGAGAUGCAUAAGCGGAAUCCACCAGGCAGUGAAGCGAUACUUGCCCACCUCCCGAUAUGCCUUGAGAUUGUCCCUUGUAAACGAAGUGUUGAUGCGAAGCUGGUCAAUCAGGCGGAAGGCAAGGGUGGCGAAGAUACUCUUUAGUAUCCUGUCGAAAUAAUCAACUUCCGUGAUCCGCUUCGGCAACCAGCGAAUGACCCGGUUCAGCGUUGUCCAGCUCAUCUCUCUCGAAGGUGAGCCAAGCCAGAUGGUGACCAGUGAUGCGGAUGAGUCAAUAUCUCCCAUCAAGUACACCUGGUACGACUUUUCGUUUUCCGAGAGCUGGUCAAUGCAGAUUGAGUCUAUCCAGAUCAAUCGCGGGAGGAGAGUAGAUCGGAGGUCUCCAAGAAGCUCAAAAACAUUGGACGCGACGCCCAAUGUGCAGUCACUGACGAUUAUGUGCUCGCCGUCAUCUCUCUCGGCUUGGGCCCAUCUGUAUGAGAUCGCCGCAAAAGGUGGGGCCGAUUUGAACUCAACUUCGAACAAAUUGCAUGACAUAGCCUUGUGGCGGUGGCCAAGAUGAACCAAUAAAAGUGGGAUGGUGGUCUUCUCUGGAGAUAAGGGAGUAUAAGUGUAUAGCGGCAAUUUGGGUUGACUCGGUCGAUAAGCGUGGGCUCUUCGCUGAUGAUGAGCCUUGUUGUAUCUCCAGUAGACGUUAAUGAUAUGCUCCGGAACUAUCCCACUCAACGCCCCCCGCCCCCAGCCUCCACAAGAAGCAUACCUCGACCUGGAACCACUGGAAAACCCGCUGGAGACGCAGCUUGUAAGCGAGGGGUACCAAGAUAAAGGUCCAAUACGCUUUGAUUUCGAGAUCGUAAAAGAAGAUCACCGGGAACCUGACAAGCCAAAGCCUUCCAACCAGCGAAUCACUCCAACAGUGGCCAAUAGUAACGAACGCCACCCGAGAAAUACGGCCGGCCAACGAGACGGCACUGUCAAUCUGGGCAAAGGGAUUGAUGCCGUAUCUCCAGUAUGCAUGUCCGUACGCGACGACGAGGAUUGACAGUGCAUAUAGGGGUGGUUUUACGGUGGCGAGCACUGGGAGAAACCACAGAUAAGCGGUAAGGAACAAGGAGAGGGACAGUUGUACUCGACGGUUGAUGUGGAGGUUGUGCGUGAGAAGAAAGAAGUGGUCCCAAUCCAUCGCCUCUGAGUCGCUUCCAAGGUUGUCUGAAACAUCGUUGCGCUGCACUGACAGGUUGCAGGCAGGUUGAAAGAAGCCAAGAGAAACGAAGGCCUAAAGGGGGACUCAUGGCAGGGUGGGUGAGGCUCAAACUCCGACCAGGCAGCUGAUUAUGGCACCAAAUGUCGUGGCGCAGCAGCCAAGCAACUGGAAAUAAGUUGUACACACACCUGCAUCAUCCAUGAUAUCUACAACUUCGCCCGGAUUUCGUCCGUCACACCGCCUGCCCUUUCAGCUCUAAACACAACCUGAUGCAACGCCGCCGCCUCUGGAUCAUCAGUCUCCUGUAUCCACGCCGACAUCACAUACCUCCUUCCCCCACCCACAACAACCUCAACCUGACUCCCCGGCCAAGGCGACGCCUUCCUCCACAACUCCCCAGGCAGCUGCUCCCAAUAAUGAAUAUCGCUCGCCUCCGUCCGUCCAAGAAACCACUCAUACAACUCCGCUUCCUUCUCCUGCAAAAAAAGCUGCACAGCGGGCCUCUUGGCGCGCUGGUCAACCAACAUCAGCAACUCCACCCUUGUACCAUCUUGGAAGAUGGCAAAGGCUGAUAUCGCCAGUACUAGCAACCGUUUGUUGGAAAGGAAGAACAAACGCCGGGUUUCGUCCCAGUGGCUCUCUGGCCGGGCUCUUCCCGGCCAGACCGUGAUUUUCUCUGGGGCCCGGGGGUCUGUGGUUGUGGUGAGACGUUGGAGUGGAAAGGCGAUUGCAUCCACCGGUGAGGUUAUAUUCAGUGGUUGGGUAGCGGUAUCGUCCAGCUGGAUAUAAAAGCUUCUCCUGCAGGUUGUCAGCAGAACAGAACCUUCUGGCUCGGAUAGCACUCGUAAGGGGCAGUUUCUGCGGACGAAGAAGUCGGGGCCGUUUUUGUUGAGGGUGAUUCCCAUCAUUCUUCCUCGUUGGCCGGGCGGGCUGAAUCGGGGUUUUAUCUCCCCUAGACCGAGGAAAUAAUGCAGGCCUUGGUCUGGUUCGCCGAUGUCUUCCUGUGUUAGACGGAGGAGGGAGGAGGUGAUGCGCAGGCCUUUGUUGGUGACGAUGUAUUCUGGGUUGAUGGAGGCGCUCAUGGCGGCGUUGCGGAUGCUGAGGAUGGAGAUGGUUUCGUUUUUGUUCUGGCGGGUGAAGUCGUCUGGGGAGGUGGCGAGUAAGGGGGAUCCGGACCUGUGCGGUGUUGUUGAACCUAGAGAAGAAGUGACAUGUUUGUUACUUUUUUGCCAAGCAAAGAUGGUCAUAUCGUUGCUUUUGCGGAUAAUUUCCUCUUGGAGGCGUCGAAAGGCAUUUUCGCCCUCGCCGUAGAUCAUGGGGAGGUUGACGUCGAAGAUGCCGAGCAGGCAGUACGCAACAUCUUCGGGGCGGGUGGUCUGCCGGUUUGCGGCCCAGGACAUGCGGUCUGCGAUGGAUAUUUGGCGGAUGGAGGCAUGGCCUGUGAGGAUGUUGGCUGGGAUGCCGGUGAUGGAUUCGAGCUUGACGAUAAGACCGUCUUUGGUGCCUCGCAGGUCCCAGUCCUUGUCGUAGAACUGCACUUUCUCUGGGGCGAGCAGCUCCUGUAGGGUCCAACCACGACGGAACCAUCGACAGUUUGGAAGAUUGGUCUUUAGCUCUCCGGUGGCGGGAAGAUCGGAAAGGUACACGAAGCAGGCGGCGGCCUGUUGAUACCAGCGGAACAUGGAGUUGAUGCUUUCUGUCAGUUCGGCAUUGUUCGCCUUGUCGAUGCAGCAAGUGUCGACCCAUGCCCACUCGAGCCGCUGUUCGGCUGCUAUCCUGCAGGACUCCUGUAAUUUUCGGUAUCCUUGUUUCGACUGCAGCGAAGGUAUCUGGUCCCGGACAUCUUGAUGUGAGACUUCUUCUCCGUCCCAAGUGUGCGACAAGAUGGCGUAGGGCGGUCGGCGGCCGAAGAACUGCUUGAAGGCGAGGGUUCGGGUAUUGAGGAGACGCAUGUUUGUUUGCCCGGCGCGACAUCGAGUGGAUCUGAGAGGUCAACCUGGUUGGGGGAAUGGGCCGGAAAAUGGGGUCUGGACGACUUUUACCGAGCGUUUCCCCCGCUUCUAUCACGCAUAGAAAUGUUGGGCUCAGCCUCAGCUGAUUGUCAGCCAGAAUCGAGGAACCUCUUAUUGGCUGGGAUCGGAGGCAGCCGAUUUGUGCGUACCUUAGCUUCGAGAUUGUCAAAUGGCGAUAGCAACGAGCCACAUGAACGCUGAAAGCUCAUACCCACGAUCAACAAUGAGACAGUCGAAUCAUUCCAGCUCCGGGCCUCUUUGCGGGAUAUGUCGAGAAAUAUCAUUGGAUCAAAUGGGCGUGUCGGAUGACCGCAAGAUGCAGCGUCACCAGCCUACCUACCUCGCCCUGAAACAAUCCAUGGACCACGGAUGUGUGCUUUGUCGCUUUAUCUGGCACGCCCUGGGGCAAAGCAACUCGCGAGAGGGGGACCGAGGAAGUGACGCUCUAGCUCACGUGUCCGAGAAAUAUCCCGGCAGAGAGAUAUCUCUUGUCGCUUGGCCGGGCGUGACCCCAACAGGAUAUUUGGAUCGCAUCCAGAUCAUCACAUCUGGGGAGAUCCCUGAUGCGGAUACUGACGAUGAGGAUGGUGAUGAUGGGCCUGCUGAUCCGAGCAUGCACCCCGACCAUCAGUUCGCUUUGUCUGGGGUGCUUGACAUUUUCGCAUAUGCAGAUGACCCUGCUGCGAGCUACGGCGGUGUCACUGGUCGACCGUUGCCGACGACAGACGGCAGUUCCAACGAUGACUUUGCGUUUGCCACUCAAUGUCUUCAAAAAUGUCUGAGCAAUCACGCCGGGUGUGGUCGACGAGAUGAGAUUUCACGUCUCCCUACUCGAGUUCUUGACCUAGGACCAUUUGAUGGUUCUCGGGAGCCUUACCUGCUACAUACUGCUGGUCGACAGGGUCAAUAUAGCGCAUUGAGCCAUUGUUGGGGUGGCCAUGUGCCAAUCACAACGACGAGUGACAAUAUUGAGGAACAUACGAAGGCCAUUUCCAACCUACCUCCGACUUUCAGAGAUGCAGCCCGUAUUUCGCGGAGGCUAGGAAUUCGAUAUCUGUGGAUUGACUCGUUGUGCAUUCUCCAAGACUCCAAAGAGGACUGGGAGAAGGAAUCAGCCAUGAUGGGAGAGAUUUACAAACACAGCGUGCUGACAAUAGCCGCAAGAGCAGCCAGAAAUGCCCGGGAUGGCUGCUUCAUCACAAGACAACGUGAUGUCCCAGCAUGUCGACUCGAGUACCGAAGCCCGGACGAUCAGUUGGUGGGCAGCAUCUACGUUCGGAAUCCCACAUUCGAAAUUGAACGUCUGACACAGACACCCCUUGACAGCCGUGGUUGGGUACUGCAGGAAAAGCUCCUGUCGCCCCGCAUACUUUACUACGGAGCUCAGCAGCUGUACUGGGAGUGCAGACAAACCUCGAUCCGCCAAGAUGGGAAAUACCAUUACAUCCAACAAGACGCUGUGCAACCUGCCAUGUGGAAGGAAAGGAUGGACAUACUUGCGCCAUACCAGUCCGUAUACCCCAACUUCAACAGAAUACCACCAGACUGGACCGAAGCAAAGCAUGAGCUCGCAGCGAGGAUGAGACAGUGGUACAAUUUAGUUGAGGAGUACAGCGGGCGCCAGCUCUCUUUUCACACCGACAAGCUGCCUGCCAUAGCUGGCAUUGCCAAGGAAUGGGCCAAGUCCGUUGACUUGUUUUACAUUGCUGGACUCUGGCGAGAGGACAUUCUGGCGGGACUUCUCUGGUACGGAGGGAAAACGGCAACGAAUCCCCCGGUCUCGAGCACAUUGCCGUCCUGGUCUUGGACGCGCUACAAUGGCAAGGUCAGCUUUUGGGCCGCUCGCGAUUCCACCUUUGGGUUUUCGGAUUACUCUUGUGAGUUUGUCGACCUGUCUUUCCGUGCGAGUGGUGCACUGGGAAACUACGGCGAUGUAGUGGGAGCAAAGCUGGAGCUACGAGGGCGUAUUCUUCCUGUGCGUCACGCGACGAGAAUAAGUCUGGGGAAGAACUUCAUUGUUGGACCGAAUAUCUUUGGUUAUGGUGGGGAGCAGAUUGGGGUGGCCACUUUUGAUGUACCCCCCUCAACAUUCGAUGCGCUAUUUGUUCUGCUUGUCCAUGCCGGUGUCGGCAACGUGGGAUAUGGCGCUUAUUAUGCAGCAGGCCUACUCAUCUCGCCUGUGCCAACAGAGCAGGGUACUUUUAUGAGGGUGGGAUAUGUCAAUAUGGAGAAGGGACAUGGAGAGGGCUGGUGGGACACAAGAUCGGCGGCUGAUUACUUUGAGCAUAUACCGACAAGGACGUUGUUCUUGAUAUAG